AUGCGAUCACCAACAGCAGCCAAAGUGCUGGCUGAAGUUUAUCGUCUGCACCACAUUCCACUACCACCCAUCACGCUACAAGCUCUUUUGAAGCGUGGACCUCGUGCCAGCCCCGCCACUACCGCAUGUCUGCAAAGUGAUCCUGAGGCUUUGGCCAAGUGGCGCGUGUUAAAUGCGCCUGCCAUCGUUACAUCUGCUCAGUUACUCCACCAUGAGGUGCCCAUUCGCAUUGCACGCCGCAUUGUUGAUCUCGAAAAUCUGCCGGACGAGUUGCCACAGGCCGCACCUAUUGUGUCGCUUCGAGAGCAACUCCUGGACAGCUUUGAUCGGCUUAUAAGCUGCCCUUUGCCCGUCAACCUUGCAAGCGAGCAUGAAUUUAUGGAACUGCACCGCAAUCUUCGUAAACAACAUGCGUCUAUGCACGGUAACAUUGCUCAAGCUGUCCAAGCGCUCGAUUACGAGCCACAAGGUCUGAGUGAGUCGCUUGAUGACUUUUACAACUCGCGCAUUGGAAUUCGCAUGCUUGUGGACCAGCACGUUGCAGCUCAAGCACCUAGAGUUGGAUUUUCAGGAAUUGUAAACGACGAAACUUCACCAGUUCAAAUCGCUCGCGACAUCGUGCGCAAAGUUCGCCCUUUGUGGCUCGAUCGUCUUCAAGGGGACAAACUGCCCGAGAUCAUCGUCAGUGGUAAUGAAAACGCCACGUACCGCUACAUACCACAACAUAUUGAAAUCAUCUUGUCUGAAGUACUAAAGAAUGCGGUGCGUAACAGCGUCAUGGGGGCUAAGAAAGCUGGAGCACAAUCGCCUUCACCUGUAAAUGUAUUGAUUUCUGGUGGCCCACACGGCGUUUGUGUCAAAGUAUCAGACCUUGGUGGUGGCACCACUCGCCAGGAAGCUAAUGCUCUGGCAAAUUAUUACCAAAAGGCUACGUCGCCGUCAACAUUUGGAUACGAUCCCGUUGCAGAUGUACUAGAGACUCGUGCUAGCGGACUCGACUUUUCUGAUUCAUUUGGUUUGCGGAUUGCUCAGCUUUAUGCAAAGUACUUUGGCGGAGAGCUAGCGAUCAUGCCCAUGGAGGGGCACGGUGUGGAUACAUAUAUUUACAUGAACUGCCUGACUGGUGCUUCGAAGAUCAAGUAA